AUGAACAAUGGAUGGGGAUUUCUUUCUGAUGAAGAAAAAGGAGGCAUGUUACUUACUUUGGACACAAGUUCAAGCUUUGAACACCUAAAGGCUAUGGUGUGUGAAGACUUUGGAAUUGAUGUAAGCAUGGUCAAUAUAGAGCUGAGUUAUUUACUUUCCGAUUUGAUCAGUAGCAUCUACUCACCCCCUGUUAUCAUCACCAGUGAUCGGCAAGUUAGAAAUUUUCUUACAUAUGUAAAGAACAAAGCUUCGACGCAGUUGUGUGUGAGUACUCAAGCCUCUAACAUAGCGGAAGAAGGUACUGAGUCGCCUAACAGAGAGGAAGCGCCUAUGGAGUCUGACAAUACAAGUGAAAUGGAGUCUGACGAUGCAGCUGAUAUGGAUUCAGAAGAAGAUGUUGAGGUACCUAACAGUGAAGAUGACAAAAAGUGUGACAAAGAGAAGAUCAAUGAAGAUGGUGUUCGCUUUUCUUUGGUGGAUGUUGUGAAGAAGGGUCAAUCUUUUAGUUCCAAAACACUUUUGAAGGCAGCAUUCGAAAUAUGUGCAAUGAAACAUAAUUUCGACUACGUGGUUGCCAGAUCGGAUAAAAAAGUGUGGUACAUUCGUUGCUCAGAUGAUGAUUGCACCUGGCAUGUUCGUGCAGAGGGAUUAACAUGCUCAUCGUAUUUUAUCAUCAAAAAGUAUGUACCUGAUCAUUCAUGUGCUGCAUCCAAUAGGAAGGGUUCUGUUAGGACAGUUUCAGCAAAAACAGUGGGUACUCUGACUAUGUAUAAGUAUGAAACUGCUAAAGAAGGGCCGAGAUCGAAUGAUAUAAUCGAGUAUAUGCGUAUGGUACAUGGAGUUGAGAUAUCCUAUUCUUUGGCGUGGGAUGCACGUGAAUAUGCAAUCAACGCAGUGAAAGGUAGUCCAGAGAAAGGUUAUGAAAAAAUUCCUAAAUACUUGCAUAUGAUGAAGGAAGCUAAUCCAGGGUCACACACGUUUUAUGAAAGGGAUACAAAAGGGAGAUUCAAAUUCCUCUUCAUCUCGUUUGGUCAGAGUGUUCGCGGUUUCUUUGCUGCAAUUCGAAAAGUUAUUGUGGUGGAUGGGACGUUUUUGAAGAGCAAAUACAAAGGAGUAUUACUAGUUGCUACUGCAUUAGAUGGAAACUCGAGUUUAUAUCCUAUUGCCUUUGGAGUUGUCGACUCAGAGAAUGACCUCGCGUGGAACUGA